UUUUGCUUGUGUGUCCAGACACUCUGUCUGUAGGCUACCGAGUUAUAACACAGUUCAUGUUGGUAGUCUGACAUGUACGAGCCGGACACCGCAGCUAUCCUUCCCGGCGAUGUGCUCAACUCUGCGUCGACGGACGACGAAGUGUCUCCGAUUGAUUCAUUUGACCACAAAGAGGAAGUUCAUGCACGGGCCUCCAGCUCCCUGCGACCGCCGUUUUCAUGCCCGCUGCCAGUCUCUGUGGAGCCGGUGUUGUUCUUGUCCAUGUUUUCUCUGGCCCUGCAGGCGCCCCUGUCCACUCAGUAUCUGUGGGAUCGCAUCAGUGAAGACCUGGGCUACAAUGGCUCCAAGAGGUCGGAGUGCAGCAACAGCUCAGUCCUCCCCGACCCUCUGCUGAAGGAGGUGGAAACUUUGACAGCUCACUGGAACCUCUACAUCAAUCUGGGAGGCUUUUCUUUAGGUCUGUUGGUGGUUCCUCUCCUGGGCUCAUGGAGUGACCUCGCAGGUCGCAGGCCAGUCCUCAUCUUACCCAAUCUAGGCAUGGCCCUGCAGGCAGUGGUCUAUUUAGUGGUGAUGUAUCUGAAGCUGCCUGUGGCCUACUUCCUGUUGGGUAGACUGCUUAGUGGCCUCUCAGGUGAUUUCAACGGCGUCCUGGCAGGCUGCUUUGCAUAUGUAGCUGAUACCAGCGACAGGCAUUCCCGCACCUUCAGAGUGGCAGUCCUGGAGGCUUGUUUGGGCCUCUCUGGGAUGCUGGCUAGCAUCAUCGGAGGGCAGUGGCGUCGGGCACAAGGGUACAUCAACCCAUUCUGGCUAGUCCUGGCCACCAACCUGGCUUCGGCUCUUUAUGCUUACCUGUUCGUUCGUGAGUCCGUCCUACCAGACCCAAGUGCCAAGCUCCUCACUACUCGUCACUACAAGGCCAUUUGGCAUCUCUUCUCAACAGGAGGCAGCACCAACGAGGCUGGAGGAGGAUUCCACCGAUGCAAGUUGUGGAUGUACAUGCUGUGCUUUUUUUUGGUGGUGACUGUACACUCUGGCUGCCGGGAACUGUUCGUGUUGUAUGAGCUGAGUUCACCACUGUGCUGGGGACCAGCCCUCAUUGGAUAUGGGUCAGCAGCUCUGCACCUGGCCUACCUGAGCAGUCUACUGGGCCUGAAGAUCAUGCAGUGCUGCCUGGAGGACUCCUGGGUGGCCAUUGUGGGUCUGGCCUCCAACAUCAUUGGGCUGGUGGUCUUCUCUGUCGCUGAUACCACCCAGCUCAUGUUCACAGGUUAUGGGCUGUGUUUCCUCUUCAUUGCUGCGACACCUGUGAUCAGGUCAAAGCUGUCCAAGUUGGUGGGCCUGUCAGAGCAAGGUGCCCUGUUUGCCUGUGUUGCCUGUGUGGAGACCUUAUGUUAUCUGGUGGGUAGCAGUCUCUUUAACUCACUCUAUCCAGCCACACUGCACUUUAUGAAGGGCUUCCCCUUCCUCUUCGCUGCCAUCAUCCUCUUCAUCCCCGCUGGAAUGAUUGGGACUUUGCAGUGUUUAGACCAAAGGAGAGAGCACAGAGGCUCCUGACCUGAAGGGAGGCAGAGAGUUAUGAUUCGU